UGCAGGCAGCUGUGUUUGUCAGGAAUGCAGAAGGAGCUGGCUUGCCUUUGGGGGAGGAGACAUAAACCCACAACACCCUCCGAGGGGUGUAUAUAAGGAGCCCCAGGUCCGGGGGGUGACAGGCACAGCACUCUGGUCUCGGGGCAGCCUCUACCUCCUGCGCUUGCUGAUCUCACGGGCAGCCGCCUGGCCAUGAGCACCACGUUUCUGACUUCUUCCUCCACCUUCGGAGGUGGCUCUCCCCGGGGGGGUGCCCUCCGGGGCGGGGGCAGUGGCUUUGGUGGGGGGAGUCUUUAUGGGGGCGGUGGAAGCCGAAGUAUCUCGGCUUCUUCUGCCAGGUUUGUCUCCUCGGGGUCAGGAGGGGGCUACGGGGGCGGCAUGAGUUCUGGCUUCGGUGGAGGGGCUGGUGGUGGCUUUGGAGGUGGCUAUGGUGGGGGUUUUGGCGGUGGCUUUGGUGACUUUGGGGGUGGCGAUGGCGGCCUCCUCUCCGGCAACGAGAAGAUCACCAUGCAGAACCUCAACGACCGCCUGGCCUCCUACCUGGACAAGGUGCGCGCCCUGGAGGACGCCAACGCUGACCUGGAGGUCAAGAUCCGAGACUGGUACCAGAAGCAGAGCCCGGCCAGCCCGGCGCGCGACUACAGCCACUACUUCAAGGCCAUCGAGGAGCUGCGGGACAAGAUCCUGGCGGCCACCAUCGACAACUCCCGGGUCAUCCUGGAGAUUGACAACGCCAGGCUGGCUGCCGACGACUUCAGACUCAAGUAUGAGAACGAGCUGGCCCUGCGCCAGAGCGUGGAGGCCGACAUCAACGGCCUGCGCCGGGUGCUGGACGAGCUGACGCUGGCCAAGGCCGACCUGGAGAUGCAGAUCGAGAGCCUGAAGGAGGAGCUGGCCUACCUGCGGAAGAACCACGAGGAGGAGAUGAAGGAGUUCAGCAACCAGGUGGCCGGCCAGGUCAACGUGGAGAUGGACGCGGCCCCGGGCGUGGACCUGACCCGCGUGCUGGCCGAGAUGAGGGAGCAGUACGAGGCCAUGGCUGAGAAGAACCGCCGAGACGCCGAGGCCUGGUUCUUCAGCAAGACCGAGGAGCUGAACAAGGAGGUGGCCUCCAACACAGAGAUGAUCCAGACCAGCAAGACAGAGAUCACAGACCUGAGACGCACCAUGCAGGGGCUGGAGAUCGAGCUGCAGUCCCAGCUCAGCAUGAAAGCCGGGCUGGAGAGCUCGCUGGCGGAGACGGAGUGCCGCUAUGCCACGCAGCUGCAGCAGAUCCAGGGGCUCGUCAGCAGCCUGGAGACCCAGCUGGGUGAGCUCCGCAGCGAGAUGGAGGCUCAGAACCAGGAGUACAAGCUCCUGCUGGACAUCAAGACGCGGCUGGAGCAGGAGAUCACCACCUACCGGAACCUGCUGGAGGGCCAGGAUGCCAGGAUGGCCGGCAUUGGCACCAGAGAAGCCUCCCUGGGAGGCGGCGGCGGCAGCAGCAAACUCCACAUCAACGUGGAGGAGUCAGUGGACGGGAAGGUGGUUUCUUCCCGCAAGAGAGAGAUCUGAGUGCCCAGGGCAGGAGCGAUGUCCCGCACACGCCCACCCUCCCAGGCUGACGGAGGACUGGCCGGAGGGGCGGGACAAGCAAACUCGCUUCUGCCUUCAGCGGUGCCAGCGCAAGAGGGUCCUGGUCUCCUAGUUGGGAGCGUCCCUUGCUCUCCCCUCCCUCCACCCGCCAGCUCUCCCUCCUCAUUGUGUAACAAGGCCAUCCCUACGGUGUGGUGUUUGUCCAGGCAAUAAAAAUCGCUUUUCCUUUUUCAAAUA